GGAUGUUAUCUGUAAUGUAAUGUUUUAGUCGAUUUUAUAAUUUUUUAAUGGCAAUUAUUCAUAUUAACUUUCAUAUAUAAUCUGUGAUUUGUUGUCAAGCGGGUAAUUUGAAAUGAUUGAAAGUUUGAUCAAUAUAAUUUUACAUUGAGUACAUACAGGACGGUGGUAAUUAUAUGUAUAUUCCAAAGUGUUUUAAUAAAUGUGAUAAUUGGAAGAAAGAAGUAUUAUGGAUUUGACAUCUACAAAAUCCAGUCAUAGUGUAUCUGAUGUAUUAAAUACUUCUAGCGUGUCUGCUAAAAUAAAGAGAUUGCAAAUAGAAGAGAGUCUACUUCUUCAAAGUAUAACAAAAUGUAUUAGUGAAAAUUCACAAGCGUCACAAGGAAAUGAUACGUUAUACUCAUCGUCCCCAAACGAAUUCAAACAUUUUGUUGACAAAAUUAAAAAUAAAUACCGGGAAAUAAAGUUGUUGUUUCAAGAUAUACAAACAGGCACUUCUUCGAAAGAAUUGUUACAAACUCUUGAUAUCGAUGAUGUUAAAAAAUCUACUCUUGAAUUGGAAAACCGUAUCAGAACAUUUAAAUCUUAUUUACAAUCUGAAUUAACCGGCCUUAAAGCCGCUGAAGCAGAAUUGAAUCAAACUGUGAAAGAAGAUCUGGUUUCAGUGAAUAAGUUCAAAAAGAAUGUUAGAAUUCAAACUGCGAAAUACAACGAGAUUGUGCCUAGUCCUGUAAAAACUAUAAUAGCGUCACCAUUUAAGUGUGUGGAAGUUCAACAAUUCCAAGAAUUUAUGAUGAAUAGUGCGAAUCGAUAUGGAGGAUGGAACGAAUAUCACCAUAACAUAUUCGUAAACCACUGGCAAAAACACUUAGGGGCCCUAAUUGAUGGCUCCCAUGAUGAACACAUCCAUGAUAUACAACAUUAUCCAGGAUAUGAUACAUUCUUAAGUGAACUUUUACCAAAGUUGCAAGGUACUGAACAGCCGGUACACGAAGUAAAUGAAACUGAUAAAACUAAGACUAAUAGAAGGAAAAGUGCUAAGGACAGUAGUUAUAACAAUAAACGAGAUUCGGUUGUGCAUUCUGCAAGUCAAGAUAAAAUACGCUUCAUAAGGAAAUGUUAUAGCGAAGACAUGAAAAACAUGAAGGAAGACGGAGAAGGCGUAAUGUCUAAAGAUCAUAAAGUCACAGACAACGAAACAAUAAGGCACUUCCAAAAAGCAACAAAGCAAUGGUGUGACAGAUUUAAUAGUAAAGAAGUUGAAAUAAAAAUAAACACAAAUAGUCUAGAAAAUAUAAAAAAAUUGUAA